AUGGCGCUUUCGCAGCAACGAGGCCGCCUUUUGCCAUCGCACGAGUGUUAUCUCGGUCCUCGAGUGUGGGCAGUUUCCCCCUCCGCAGAACAGAUAGGAAGCUGCCAGGAUAAAGUCGCCGUCCCGAUCAAAGGGUCACCAGUCACCCGACGGAGUCUGACCCCGAGCAUCACCAGGCAUCACCAGCUACAGAGAGCAUGCCGCCCCCGCCGCCCCACAAGCCGCCCCCGCACGAGCCAGCGCCUCACGGCCCGCCUCAUGAGCCACCUCAUGGGCCGCCUCAUGAGCCACCUCAUGGGCCGCCUCAUGAGCCACCUCAUGGGCCGCCUCAUGAGCCACCUCAUGGGCCGCCUCAUGGGCCACCUCAUGGGCCGCCUCAUGAGCCACCUCAUGGGCCGCCUCAUGAGCCACCUCAUGGGCCGCCUCAUGAGCCACCUCAUGGGCCGCCUCAUGAGCCACCUCAUGGGCCGCCUCAUGAGCCACCUCAUGGGCCACCUCAUGGACCACCUCAUGGGCCGCACGAACCAGGCCCCAGAGGCCCGCCCCAGUGAGGAAGAACUAACUCUCAUCAAACAGUUCAGCGUUGCCAGUGAAUAAACAACUGCUGAGAAAUGUUCGUCACUCCAGAGUUUCUGAACGUGUUUCUGUGCCCUUCCAAAAGAGUGUUUUUGUAAUAAAAAAAAGUAUCUUCUGA